AUGGCGCAACAUUCCCUGUGCAACAAUGAUGAAUGCAACAAACGAAUUCGAUCCACCAUUGAACAAUUACCCACCGAAUGUUGGUUAAAUAUUUUCAAAUAUUUAGAAUUGCAAGAAAUUAAAAGAAUUUCCCUCCUAAUGAGUCCUGUCAUUACUUGGCAAUUAUUGGACACAACUGAUCAGAGUUUUUUCCGAUUAUUGUGUGAAGCAAAUUUAAAAAGUGAUUUGGAGAAGGUUAUUCAAUCCAUUAUAGAAAGACCUCAGGUACCACAGUUAGCAUACAAGGUGUUGAAAGGAGCAAGUGCAUUGCCACGUAGUCAAUUCGUGUACUCCAUUUCACAAUUGAGAGAAAAACUUAGAAUUUGUGUUUUAAAAUCAAAAGUAUUGUUUCCUAAUUGGUUUAAAGAGGAAUCUUUGAAUGAAUCAAUUGAUGAAGCUGUUCAGUAUUCCUAUUCGAUUAAUAGACCAGUAGUUUUUGAUGAUGAUGAAAAUGAUGAAAUUGUUGGAAAUUAUGUGGAAAAGCAAAGACGAAAGGCAUCAAUUUAG